UUCUCUCCGAUCCAAAACAAAACACCCGAACUUGCUUGCAGAACAUAAACAUAAAUUUCUGGUCCAGUGCGACGCAUUUUUUACCGCUUUCAGGGCAUUUCGUCCCUUCAAAACAUCGCCAAGCAUCAAAGCCGUGCUCCAUCCACCAGGGCCAUGCACCUGAUGGAGACGAAAUCGGGCUUGCAAGGUGACCUCGCACGACCUUCGCCCCUUCCGCAGCUGGGCAGCAGUCCUCCGCAAACUUGGCUCCACAGCCCCCCAGCACAAAUGCCCUGGGGCACCAAACAGCCAGCACUUGUCAGGUUUACUGGAGGUUUGUACGGAGGAGGUUUGAACAACGGCACUUCCAGCAUGCCCUUCACUCUGGACACCUGCCAGCCGUACAACUUCCCAAUGUCUGCGAUGCCAGGACCGUCGCAAGUCCACUCGGUCGGCAUCAAAAGGAAGGUCGACGUAGAUGAAGCAGAAAUGCUGAGUGCUGUCAACAAACUGCACAUCUCCGAGACCAAACUGGCCUCUCACAGGGCUGGUCUGCACGCUCUGAACCAGCAGAGCGAACAGGACGACGAAGCGUUCGGCCCUCGUCUUGUGCUGAGUGACGAGCUCAAGCAGUUGACUGCCCAGGACACCAUCCUGCCAAAACCUCUCAUGGACAGAAUGAGAAACAAAAAUUCGAUGGCCCUGGUGCUGUGGCAGCCGCCAAAUCCAAGGAUGAUGCCAAUGCCUGAUGGUGAGCCGGACGAGCAGGACGGCAACAAUAACAACAACAAUGGCAGCGAAAGCAUCGAUCUCAACAUAAUGCCAACUUUUAACGAGGAGCCACGACUACCAGAUUUCACCGUUCCAGACGAUGGCGACGUUGAGAUGGAAAUGCUGUGAUUCUCAUUUUCUCAUGUUGACUCUCAAUUCUAGAGUAAUUUUUUUCUUGAAGAAUUUCCAUGUUGUGCAUUUGUGUUUGCGAAUGCUGGAUAAAAGUGAAGACAGUUUGUAUAUACCUCUUAAAAUGCUGCUGGUAUUCUUUAAUAUUUCUGUAUAAGUGAAGGAAAAUCUUAGAAAAAUAAGAGGAAAAUUAGAUGAAUUGAGUUUUUAGUUGAUUGAUUAUGUUAGUUCUUGCUGAAUUGAAUUUCAUCUUGUACUUUGUUGUACUUGUCGAAUUUUAUGACUGAAACUGUUUCUUUGAAAGUAACAAUAAUUUUAGAAAGUUAAAAAUUGAUUUUUGUUAAUAUUCAGUAAAAAUUAACUUUGUGUAAACAAAAAAUUUUACAAGAAUUUAAAAAAAUAGUUUCAACAACAAUCUAAAACUUGUAACAAAACAUUCAUAUUUUGUAAAAAUACUUUAAGAGCUCGUGAAUAAUGCUGCAGCUAAACCACUUGCGCAAAACAGUCAUGUUCUUAGAACGAAUAACGAUCUUUUUAAAGCCGACUUGAAAUUCAAUUCACCAUGAAUAGAUUUUGAGGAAGUACUGAAUUAUUUGGCGACUCUAUUUUUCAGGAAAUCGGGUAUUGAGAUUUUCUUUGUAAAUAAUAAUGUAAUAAAUAAAAUAAAGAUUAUUGAUAA